UUCUCCCCUUCCCCACCUCCAAUUCCAAUUCCAUUGGCUUGGCUGGGUUGGGUUCCUCCGCGAGAUUUCGCCGCUUUCUCCUUCUCGCGAGAGGAAACCCAAACCAAAUCCCCUAUUCUCUUCUCCCACCAAAUUUCGCUCCAAUUCGCGCUCCGUUUCUCCGCCGGCUCGAUUCCCAGGGGCGCGCAACCCCCUCUCCUCCGACGACCCAAUCGCUGCUGCGAUUCGCCAGGCUCCCCGGUGCGGGUUUCAGUUUCACGGGGAAGUCAGAGCUGUUCGUCCGGCUACACCAGCGGCCGCACCAGGAUGAUGCUGGUGGCCAAGGAGUUCGGCGUCUCGCCGCCGGGGGCCGUGGCGCCGCGGAGGAGGGCGCCGCCGGCGAGGGUGGCCGCCCCGCGCGGGGUCGGCGCCAACGGGGGCUCGCCGGUGGGGGACCUCUGGUUGCGGACGCGCGGAGCUGCCCCCACGGAGCAGGGGCACGGGAGCCUCGCCGGCAGCAGCCACGACAGCGAGCUCGACCUGGCCCUCCUCGUCAGCGACUUCCUCGAGGGCGGCAGCGGGGACUCGCGCGGCAGCAGCGACAGCGAGUCCGGCAGCUCCGACCUCGCGCACCUAGCAGAUAACAUCUCGAUGUACAAGCAAGCUGGAGAUGAGAAAGAACACGAGAUGCUCUCUGUGGUCCACUCGCUGCUCUUCUCAAUCCAUGAGUCGGAGCUUCAGGCUUUCGUAAGAGGUCAAUGUACCGGCAGUUGCAUCCGUCAUCUCCUGGUGAAGCUGUUGAGAUACGCUGGCUAUGAUGCUGCAGUUUGCGUAUCCAAAUGGCAGGGAUUCGACAAGAUACCUGGAGGUGAUCAUGAGUACAUUGAUGUGAUAACGAACAGCGCUAUGACGGGUCCGGAGCGUCUGAUCAUUGAUAUCGACUUCAGGAGCCACUUUGAAAUAGCCAGAGCUGUUGAUUCAUAUGGCGCUCUGCUGGACUCGCUUCCAGUGGUCUAUGUCGGCACCCUUCCCAGGCUGAAGCAGUUCCUGAACGUGAUGGUAGACGCGGCGAAAUGGUCCCUGAAGCAGAACUCCAUGCCCCUGCCUCCGUGGAGAUCCCUGUCCUACCUCCAAGCGAAAUGGCAGUCCAAGUAUGAGAGGAAAGACUUGCUGAACCCUGAGCAAGAGUUCCACGGUGGCAUCAUGAACUCGGAUCACCACACGCUCUGUGUCGGGCAUCUGAGGAGGCUCAAGUCCUCCCUGCAGUCAGAGCUCGACACCGGGAGAUUGCUCAUGAUGCCCAUCCAGACUGACACGACGAGGAGGGCGAAGUUCGACAGGCGACUGCGGCGUUCCCUGCUCAGCUUCUGACACGUACACAAGCUUCCUGGAUGGAUGCAGAAGAAUUUUGAGAAGGAUGAGGAGUAGCGGAAGGAGAGGAUUUUUUGUUACAGGCUUUUGAUUUUGACAGUUGAUGGGAGAUAGAUGGUUGGGGCUAACUGGAAGGAGAGUGGGGAUAACAUGCCAGGUUUUUUGAAGGCACAUACAAAAGAUUAAAAAAAAUACACAAAAUUAUUUUUCUGUUUCAUUUUUGUUUCUUCGGUGAGUGACGGAUGCUAGUGAUGAAUCCGCUAGCAUACCAUGUACAACUCGAGAGUUGUCACAAAUUUUCCACUUAUAUUGAUUAUUUAUCGCA